ACCUUACGUUUGACGUAACUGCGUUUCAUCCUGUAGGUGUUAGGCGGAGCUGUUAGCUGAGGCUAACAGGGUUGUCUUUUCCCCCCACACUUUUAAACAAACGGUUGUUAUUAAAGUUAGUUUUGGUGUGUGGUUCUACGGGAGGUUAUCGAAUACCAAACUGUUCAACAAACCGUUUUUUUCCGUCUCUCCCGGAGAAAGAACGCUGAGCCAUGUACAAUGGGAUUGGCCUGACGACUCCUCGGGGCAGUGGCACCAAUGGCUACGUGCAGCGCAACCUGUCGAGCCUGCGGGUCAAGAGGCCACGAGAUGAGCGUGGAGGCGAGCGUGAUGAGAAGGACCGUGAGCGACUGGAGAGUCAGCUCAAUCGGCAGCCCAAUGCCGACAUCCUGGAGCACCAGCGCAAGAGGCAGCUGGAGGUCAAAUGUGCCGAACUGCAGGACAUGAUGGAGGAGCAAGGAUAUUCUGCUGAGGAGAUCGAGGAGAAGGUGAACAGUUUCCGCAUGAUGCUGCAGGAGAAGGAGGAGCCGCCUCCCGCUGCUGCUCAGAAACCAACUGUGACAGAAACGCACGCCUUGGCUGCAGCCAACCAGCAGAAAAACGACCGUCUUCGCGCCGCUUUUGGCAUCUCCAGCGACUACGUGGAUGGGUCGUCCUUCCACGCCGACCGCAAGGAGAAGGAGAAAGAGAAGAGAGAGCAGGAACGACUGGAGCGGGAGAGGCUGCAGCAGCAGAAAUACACCUUGGUGGAAGACUCAGAUGACUCUGAUUCUCCUCCAAAGAAGCGAAGUCGGAAGAAGAAAAAGAAAAACAAGAACAGAGACAGCAGCUCAGAGAGUUCGUCCCCAUCUCCUCACAAGGAGAAGAAGAAAUCCAAAAAGAAGAAAAAGAAACGGGAGGUAUCGGAAGAGGAAGAUGACAGUUCCUCAGAUGAGAAGCAGAAGGUCUCAAAGAACAAAAGAAAAAGGAGUCAAAGUUCUAGUCCUCCAAAGGCAAAGUCGGGUCGACGCAGAAGCGUCUCCUCCAGCUCAGAUCACAGCAGCCAGUCUCCACCUCCUCCUCCAUCAAGAUCACAUCUAAAGGACCAAACAGCGAAAAACCCUGAAGGUAAUAAGGAGAGGUUGCCAAACAGGAGGCGGCGUGGUUCUGAGGAGCACAGUCCACAACGUCGAGUAGGCGAAGGGAGGAGGCCCAAUCCUGUGAAGGAAAAAGAGCAACGUAGGGAGACGGAGAAGACCAAAAGGGGACAUGACUCCUCAUCCCCCUCUCCCUCUCCAGAAAAAGAAGAAAACGUUGAUAGGGGGAGAGGAAGAAGAUCUAGAAGCAAACAAAGGGACCGAGAAAAAGGGCAGACCAGGAAAAUAGAGAUGGACCCAAGACAGCACUCAAGGAAUGUGGGGAUGGAGAAGAGGAGGCGCUCCAGGAGCGUAGAGGUGGAGAAGAGGAGACGCUCCAGGAGCGUAGAAAUGGAGAAGAGGAGGCGCUCCAGGAGCGUAGAAAUGGAGAAGAGGAGACGCUCCAGGAGCGUAGAAAUGGAGAAGAGGAGACGCUCCAGGAGCGUAGAAAUGGAGAGGGGAAGGCGUUCUAGGAGCGUAGAGGUAGACAAAAGAGAACGAUCUAGAAGCAAUGACUUUGAGAAAGGGAGGCGAUCAAAGAGUAGAGAAAUCAGAAACAAAGGAAAGGAGAAAAUACCUCUGAGGAUCAGAGAGGACUCCUCUUCGUCCCCUUCUCCAUCUCCUCCUCCUCGACAGGAAACGAGGGGGGAAAGAAGCAGAGUUCCUGAGCGGGAAAAAGAUGAGAACAAACGGCACAGAACGACAAGACACGAUUCUUCGUCUCCAUCCCCUCCUGAAAAGGAAAUGGCAAGGAGAGGAAGGAGUGGAGAUAAAGAACAUAUAACUGAGAAGGACAUUCAGUCAAACGCUCGGACAAGAAAUGAAAAAGACAUCAAGAAAGAUGAUGCUCAGCGGCAGGAUAAACAACCAUCUCCUCGCCACCAGAGAGGAGACAGGGUAAGAGGUGGGCGUCUGGCCCAUGAAUCCCCGUCGCCCACCUCCUUCACCAAUGGAAGCCAGCUUGAGAGGGAGAACGAGAGGAGACAAGAAACGAACAAGGAAAGCUUGACUGACAGGUCUUUGAAUAAGCAAAAGGAAGAGGGUGGUGAGAAACGCAGAAAAGAGGCCCAGAUCCAGUCAUCCGCAGAGGGUACAAGAGAUGGGUCAAGACCUUCAGAGGCAUCGCGGAGCCAAGGGCAGGAGAAGUUGAGUAGCCUGGUGAGUGCGAAAAGGCGGGAAGACAAAAUAAAACAACCUGAGAAGCAACAAGACAGCAGCAGCAGUGGCAGCAGCAGCAGCAGCAGUAGCAGCAGCAGCAGCGAUAGUGACAGUGACAGCUCAUCAUCCUCCUCUUCAUCUUCAUCGUCUUCCUCUGAAGAUGAGGGUAAUACCAAUAACGCUGUAUCACCAGAACAGGAAAGAAGCAUUCCCAGGAGAAGUGCUCCAUCUGCCAUUGGAGCUGCUGUUGAAAGGUUUCUGGCCAACGGGAGGAAAGAAGGCUCUGCUUCUGAAGGUGAUGGAGCCAGACGGCCCCACAGAGACCGGGAACCUAGGGUGGACAAACCUGAGCGUGAAAGACCGCCUCUCAGAGAUCAUGCAGAAGAUCACCCUACUCAAGCAAAAGGACAAGAGUGUUACAGCCCCACACAGGUAGAAAGCCCCAGCCCAUCUCCCUCCCCACCCAGCAGACCAGAAAACAGCAGAGGCAGGAGGUACUCUCCUUCUGAGACCAAACCUGGGGACAGGGAAAGGGCAAAGGACAAGGACGCCAGUAAGAGGACCACAAGAUCAAGCCCCACAGCAAGGAGUUCACAGUCUCCACCCCAGAGGAUUUCCAACAUCCCACCAGCUGCCCGCACACCUCCAAGGCAGUAUCAAGAACCCGCAUCACGGUCUAGAAGACCUUCGCCGCCUUUAGCCCCGUCAGACCGGGACAGAGAUAGGGACAAGCGGCGGGAAUGGGGGAGAGUAGGCAGAAGGAGCAGGUCCAGAAGUCUCAGGAGGCGGAGCGGGUCUAGGCCCAGAAGUCUCAGGAGGCGCAGCGGCUCUAGGCCCAGAAGCCCCAGGAGGCGCAGCGGCUCUAGGCCCAGAAGCCCCAGGAGGCGCAGCGGGUCUAGGCCCAGAAGCCCCAGGAGGCGCAGCGGCUCUAGGCCCAGAAGCCCCAGGAGGCGCAGCGGGUCUAGGCCCAGAAGCCCCAGGAGGCGCAGCGGGUCUAGGCCCAGAAGCCCCAGGAGGCGCAGCGGAUCUAGGCCCAGGAGGCGCAGCAGAUCUAGGCCCAGAAGCCCCAGGAGGCGCAGCGGUUCUAGGCCCAGAGGGCGCAGUGGGUCUAGGCCUAUAUCCAGACCUAAAAGUCCGAGAAGGCGCACUAGGUCUAGAACCAGAAGUCCAAGGAAGCACAGCGGAUCUACGUCAAGAUUCCUCCGGCGCCCAAGUCCCCCCAGCAGAUUUCGCCGAUCUUCUUCUUCGCAGCGACGCCGGAGGACCAGUCGCUCCCUCUCCGCAGAGAGGCAAAGGGAGCGUGAGAGGGGCCGGCAGAGGGACGCACAACAAGUGAGGCAGCCUGCAAAGGUUGUCUCCCCACCCCGAAGAUCCUCUUCAUCCUCAUCUUCCUCCAGCUCCAGCUCCUCCUCCUCCUCUUCAUCCUCUCCCUCACCAACACAAGAGAAAAAAGAUGUAAAGGCUGCAGUGGAGAGAGAUCCGAGGCCAGUUCAGGACGACGGAAAGCCAAAGAGUCGUUCUUCCUCAUCACAGGCUCCUUCCAGGGACUCCUCCCAUGCUGCAGCAUCAGGGAGGAGAAGCUCCCCAUCAGACCUGCGACGGUCUGAUGAAAUUCCCACAAGGUCUCCAGCCGUCAGCCAGUCAGACGGUAGACAUCCGCCUCAAGGUCCGGGCAGAAAGCCAUUGUCACCGGCUGCCCGCCAGCAGCCGGACAAAGCUGUCAGGAAAGAUACUGCUGUAAACGGGAAGGAGAAAGCCAACAGGAGCAGCAGCUCUAGCUCCUCUUCAUCAUCCUCCUCUUCUUCGUCAUCAUCCUCCUCCUCAUCAUCUUCAUCCUCAUCAUCAGACAGCUCUGACUCUGAAGUGGAGCAAGAGAAAGGGAAGGCAGUGAAAGCCCAAAGCUCUCACUCCUCAUCUUCCUCAUCCAGUGAUGAAAAAGGCACAAAGAAAAAGAGCCCAGCGAGGCCUGACCGAGUCCCGGCCGAUUCUCUGAGAGAUUCCCGUUCACUCAGUUAUUCUCCUCCCAGACACGUCCGAGCUGCUCGGUCCUCACCCGGUCGAAGGAGCGGAAGCAGACAGUCGCUGGGAUCCUCAUCGGGCAGCAGGCGAAGAAAAUGAGCCGAAUAUCAGAAACCUGUCCCUCUUUCUUCUUCUGUGUUGCUUAAACACAACUACAGCCUGGACUUUGGAGCCAGCGGUCAGUAGAUAUGAGGUUUUUGGAGAACUCCUCUGGCAGUAAUCAGUUUUUUGUUUUAAGCCAAGACGUCGCAGGCUGCUGUUUCUAUCGAUGAGCCGAAGACGCCACAGUCCAACACUCUGUACCUGUGCUGAAUGUCGUGUCCUUCCUGUAGAUAUGAGCUGUCUGUAUUUUGGUUAUUAUUAUAUAACAGGUAAAUGAUUCCAUGCAAGGUGAGCAGAAACUGAAACUUGGGUAAUUUCUUUGUUGAAAAUAAUUCAUGGUAAUAAUAAAAAGUAAUUGUACAUUUUA